GUGUGGGCUACGGCAUGAUGGUGGUGUCCACCUACAUCGGCAUCUACUACAACGUGGUCAUCUGCAUCGCCUUCUACUACUUCUUCUCCUCCAUGGCCCCUGUGCUGCCCUGGGCAUUCUGCAACAACCCCUGGAACACACUUGACUGCGCUGGGGUCCUCGACGCCAACUUCACCAAUAGCUCGGACCUAGCCCGUGGGCCCUUCAACCUCUCCCAGCUGCUCAACCACACCCUGAAGAGGACCAGCCCCAGCGAGGAGUACUGGCGGCGCUACGUGCUGAAGCUGUCCGAUGACAUUGGCAACUUUGGGAGGUGCGGCUGACCCUUGCUUGGGUGCCUUGGAGUCUCAUGGGUGGUUGUCUUCCUCUGCCUCAUCCGUGGUGUCAAGUCCUCAGGGAAAGUGGUCUACUUUACAGCCAUUCCCUACGUGGGGCUGACCAUCCUAUUUGUUCGGGGGGUCACCUUGGAAGGCGCCUUCACAGGUAUUAUGUACUACCUGACACCACAAUGGGACAAGAUCCUGGAGGCCAAGGUGUGGGGAGAUGCUGCCUCCCAGAUCUUCUACUCCCUGGGCUGCGCUUGGGGGGGUCUCAUUACCAUGGCUUCCUACAACAAGUUCCACAACAACUGCUACAGGGAUAGUAUCAUUAUCAGCAUCACGAACUGCGCCACCAGCGUCUAUGCCGGCUUUGUCAUCUUCUCCAUCCUCGGUUUCAUGGCAAACCACUUGGGUGUGGACGUGUCCCGAGUGGCUGACCAUGGCCCAGGUUUGGCCGUUGUGGUACCAGAAGCCCUCACCCUGCUUCCCAUCUCACCCCUCUGGUCUCUGCUGUUCUUCUUCAUGAUUUCCUGCUGGGACAUGGGCACUCAGUUCUGCCUUCUGGAGACCCUAGUGACUGCGGUUGUGGAUGAAGUGGGGGACGAAUGGAUCUUGAAGAAGAAAACCUUCACUCUGGCUGUGGCCAUUGCUGGAUUCUUGCUAGGUCCCCUGACCAGCCAGGCGGGCAUCUACUGGCUCCUACUGAUGGACAACUAUGCUGCCAGCUUCCCUUGUCGUGAGUUCCUGCAUCAUGUGUGGUGGACCAUCAUGUACAUCUACGGACACCAGAACUACUUCCAGGACAUCCAGAUGACUGGCUUCCCACCCCCUCUCUUCUUCCAGAUGUGCUGGCGCUUUGUCUCCCCGGCCAUCAUCUUCUUCAUCCUCAUCUUCACCGUGAUCCAGUAUCGGCCGAUCACGUACAACCAGUACCAGUAUCCGGGCUGGGCAGUGGCCAUUGGCUUCCUCAUGGCCCUCUCCUCUGUCAUCUGCAUUCCCCUCUAUGCCCUCUUCCAGCUCUGCCGCGUGGAUGGGGACACUUUUCUACAGCGUUUGAAAAAUGCCACGACACCAAGCAGGGACUGGGGUCCGGCCCUCCCUGAGCACCGGACGGGUCGCUAUGCCCCUGCCACAGGCGUCUCCCCCGAGGACGGGCUGGAGGUUCAGCCCCUGCACCCAGACAAGGCCCACAACUUGCUCCGGGGCAGCAAUGGGUCUGCCCACCCCCAGGACUCCCGGAUAUAAGCGCUGCUGCAGGGGACUGGCCCCAUCCAAACCCUUCCCUGCCAACCCUCCAGAGACUGCCCCAGGCAGGAGCAGUGAGCACCCUGCCCGCUGCCACCACCGCUAACCCCUGUGCCCUUUGAGCGUCUCAUCCUGUGUCUCCCCCUGCCCCUCCCCCCAGUGUUUACAUUACAGUCCCUUUCAUGUGCCAGGACCGGGAGGGGGCAGAGGUCAGGAGCCAGCUCUCUCCCUCCACCCUAAAUCUGUCCACACACCAAGGGAUGUGGGGCCUAGGCUGAAAAUGUCUGGCGAAGAAAGUGGGGAAGAAGGGGGGGGGUGCCCCUGAGGAGGCUGGGAUACUGAGAAUCGUGCUGCUCUUGGAGCAAUUGUCCUAUCACCCGGGACCCUGGGCUCUGGGCAAGCUCUUGGCCUAGGAGAGUUGGGAAGGACCUCAGAGGCCACUGAGCGCUACCUGGAGACCAGGACCAGGCCUGGAGUGAGAGGGCCAUCAAGACCCAAACAAGGGGCCUGUCUGCCCACAUGGGACCAGCCCUCUAUGCCUUCUGCUGUUCUUUUGCCCCCACUAGAAAGUGGAGGUGCCCAGCCUGGGCUCUGAGGGUCAGGGGGUGCCACCUUCCUGUGCCCAGCACGCAGCUGGCUGCCACCCUGGGUCUCAGAUGAUGCCAGGCUAGGCCUGGCACACACCCUUCCCAAGGAUGCCAAACUCCGUCCCUGAAGAUGAAAUGUGAUGUCCCAAGCUGGUUUGGGCUCUCGACCUGCUGUGUUAGGGUAGAGAGCUGGAGGGAGGAAGGUUGGGGGGGGACACCCCGCGUGACUGCAGGAGGCUGCCUCACUCUGGCCCUGCUGGCCCAUCUCCAGGUAGUAGGAGCCCAGCAGUGAGUGUUACCCGUGCAUCCGGCCGCUGCCCCUUUAGCAUUAGUGCCCUUGUGUGGUAUGCGGGGGCACAUCUGUGGGCUCCUCUGUGUCCAAACUCUGUGUAUUUGUGGUUGUUCCCCCAUCCCCCAGGCCCAGUGUGUCUUCCAGGCUUGUCCCAUCCUCCUUUGGGCCUUUCUGGGAACUCUCCCUUUCACUGCUCCCCACCCCAUGCCCUGGUCCAGAGCCCUUUGGGGUAUGGGCUGUGGAAGGCCCAGCCCCAGGGGUGCACAGGAAAGUGUCAAGUGAUGGUGCCAAAGGGCAUGUCUGGGGCUGGGGGGGGGCAAGUGCCACUGCCCCGCCCACCCAGCCAGCCCCGCCCACCUGUCUUCCUUGGCCUGCACACUGGCCCUGUCCUCGAUCCCUCCGCUGUGUGUGUCUCCUCUAAUUCCCUAAGGCCACGUGGCCAGGGCCCAGUCCUGGCCCAGCCUGGCCGGUGCACUGCUAGGGUUUAAUGAAAUUUGUAUUCCU